CACUGCUCCUUUCUGUUCUUCACGGGGAAGAAUCUGUCACCGUCUGUUUUCAACCAUAUGCCCAAAGACGUCCAGAGUCCAGAGAGCACUGUUGCUUUAACCAAGUAUGGCAACGGAAAGGUCGUUCUUACGAUGGGGCCCCCGCUCGCCCCUGGCCUGGUUCUGGAUAAAUACCCCUUUCCAACCCUGUUUUUAUUAAGACUCCAAGAGUGGCACCAAAGGGCCACGAAUCAUCUGUGCAGUUUGCUUGAGAUUUUGCAUCCAUCCUGUGAAGCAAACUGCCAAGUGUUUGAUGCAUUGCAUUGGAUGCAAAAAUCGCUUGUCUGACACCAUGAAGUGUCUCACAACAUUAUUCAGUUCAAAAAAUCUGCCUCGGAGUUGCAUGAAUGUUAUUGCUGAUGAGGGAGUGCCGGUAUUGAGAUGAACUGGUGGCCAGCGCUUUUAGCUGGUAGAAACUGAUUGUCCAAAUAGCAGUAGGGUACCAGUACAGUACAGGGCACCGCGCGCAAGAAUUGUCCCAUUACAAUCCAAUAGUCUUAUAUCGAGGGUGGAGUGUACACGUACCGUAAUGAAGCCGUACAGUAUGUACAGGCACGAGUAACCUUGAGACCUUGAGUGCUUGACACUUACCGGUAUGUACGUCUGGACACUUGAGUGCCUGAGUGUCGACGUGUCGACGAGUCGACUGACUCGACUCAGUGACUCCAUCUAUCCGUAAAAGUUAUCUCCAGCUAGCUCCACCGAAUAACCACGUUCUCCAUGCAAUUUGCAAUUGUCUGCAUCUCUUUUUCUUUUUGUCACACCUCUCCCUUUUCCCUUUCCCCUCCACCCUCCACACGUUGUGGGACUGAAGUGAGCCCUCGAACAACAAAGAGUUGUCACUGUCGAAAGAAGGCCACUCUAGUAGUCCACCAUCAAGCGCUGCAUGCAACCCUUUCCCAGGGAAGAGCACUGGUACUGUACCGCAGAAAACAACCAACUGAACAACCCAGUGUGUCGGAACGUCGGAACAUCUUGCUUUAUCUCCGCAACGACACUUUGGUGCUCAUAGAUCGAUAGAAGCUGCAUUCAAUUCAACGAUUCGAUUCGAACGGUCCUGGUCCUGUCCGCACCAACAUCACACCAUGACAACGACGAUAUCUCCAUCUGCCAUCCAAUCAGUCGCGGAGUCGGCGAACAUUACGCGCGUGUUCGUCGAGCUACCCCGCAUCGAGCUGAAAGACAUCGGCUGCAGGCUACCAAACUUGCAGCAACAUGAGGAAUCGCUGAAGGAUUACGUGUGGUCUCAUUGUCGGGAUCAGUUGUUAGACGCACUCCACGUAGAAAUGGUGUCGGCGGCUGCCACUCCCAACAACUGCAAACCCAAGGCCAGUGAUUCUCCUAGUAGUAGCAGUUCCAUGGCUUCUAUUUACAGUGCAGUGACUUCUAUUCACAGUGCCGUCUUGGCCAACACGGUACACAACAACAUCCACUCCGUUGUCCAGACCAAGAACGGCGCAUCGCCGCUCUUUCGAGUGUGGGCUCCAAAGAAACAGCAACAACAGCAGCAGCGGCAAAAAUGCUGUGGCUGCCAGGAGAAGAUUCAGCAACUCGAACAAGCCAACGCCCGGUUGACACGGACACAACAACGACAACUGAGACACUUUGCCUGUGCCUCUCACGAACUGAGGACUCCCCUCAACUGCAUCAUUGGAUUGACCUCCUUGCUACAAACCACCGAGAUGAAUCCACUGCAAGCCGAGUCAAUGCAGUUGAUCAGCUCCAGUAGUGAACUCCUCUUGACCGCAGUCAAUGAUGUGCUCGAUUACUCCAAGCUAGAAUCGGGGCAUGUGGAUGUGUCCUUGAAGCCAGCUAACCUUCAAGAGACGCUAUUGGGCGUAGUACAAGCCAUGGAACUCAAGCAUCACAACUCAUCCAUCAAGGUUCGAACACACUACUCGCCGCAGCUGUCGCCUACUUGGACCACGGAUCGUCUCAGAAUGCAGCAGAUCCUGUUCAACCUGUUGGGCAACGCGUUCAAGUUUUCUCCUUCCUAUUCCAAUGUCGAUCUCAAGGUCGAGAUUGGAACCCCGGGAACUCCCAGCGUGCCAUCACAUGUCACACAACCCAUCACUGGACCUUGUGUCUUGAGGUUUGUGGUCAAGGACUAUGGAUGUGGUAUUGCUCCAAAUGCCCUACAAACUGUGUUCCAGCCCUUUGUACAAGCCGGAGAAGACACCGCCAAGAGCUACGAAGGAACCGGACUGGGAUUGGCUGUGACCAAGAAGCUGGUGCAGGCGCUGGGAGGGUGCGUUUAUGCCAACUCCACCGUGACCGUUGGCAGUGAGUUUGUCGUGGAGUUUCCCUUUGACAAUGCCGACGAAUUCGAUGUCAAGGCACUGGGAGAGCGACUGACCAAGACGACCUGUCUCGUGGUGCCCGGACCCAACUUGCCUCCCACUCCCGACCUCGAGCAAUUGCUGGAAUCCUACCAAGUGCCCUAUCGAAUCUUGACGUCCAUGGCAGAUCUCGAUCGAAUUAAAUUGCAGCAACAGUCCGUGUCCGAUUUGUCCACGGGCUCGUCGUCCUGUGCAUCGGACGACAUUAUUGACAUUCCAGCAGAUCACACACUGGCAUGUUGGAUCGAUGAAGCUGUCUAUCAACAAGAUGUCAUGCAACGGUUCCAGCAAGAGGUGAAACGAGCCCAUUCAGCGUCAUUGCUCUGGACAGUAGGGCCGGAGUACACAGUUUCUGAAUCAUCCAAUCACUUUCGGAAUCUAUUGCAGAUCGUACCGAGCGUCUUGAUGCAAAGCUUGGUGGAUGCUGUGGAAGAAUCGGUGGCCAGCCACAUGCCAUCCUUGCCGGGUGGUGCACACCACCAUCACAAGUCCAAACAACAACGGCGGCAUUCGACUGGUACGUGUACCAUCGCCAAUCCACCCAAUGGCAACAAGAAGACAAAGUGUGUACAUGAUGAAUCACCCCCCGUGGUGACAGCCACAAUGGACAAGAAAGACGUAUCGAUACUCAUCGUCGAAGACAACGGCAUCAAUCAAAAGGUUCUUCGGGCCUUAUUGCGGAAGCUUGGAUUCACCAAUGUGAGCGUCGUCGACAAUGGCCAAAAGGCUGUCGAUGCGGUGGCCGCCAAUCACUACCACGUUGUUCUGAUGGAUGUUCUCAUGCCAGUCAUGAAUGGCCUGGAAGCAACACGGAUCAUUGUGGGACGACAAAGCGAAAAGAAACCCAAGAUUGUCUUUGUAACAGCCACAGUAGAUCGUGCUCUGGAAGAGGAAGCCACCAGGCUAGGCGCUUUCGGGUUCGUCCCGAAACCCUUCAAUCUGAAACAGUUGGAUGCCUGCAUGACCGAUAUCUGCCAAUCGAUACAGUCAUGAGGACUCCACGACGUGGAAAAUACGAGGAAGCUCGUGGAGGGGUGCGACUUUGCACAGCGUGGAGUCAGUAGCGAGACGCUUUGCCAAAUGUAAUACUUGUAAACGAAAUAGAACUUGUACAGUACC